CGUGUGGUGACGUCAACGGCUCUCAACCCAGUUGUUCAGUUCAGACCACCCGGAGGAGGAGGAGGGAGAGUUUAUUUCGGCAGCUACUCUCAAAUACAUAUAUUAAAGAUUGUUCUUGCAGCAGAGUGAGCCUUCCCUCACACCAUGUCUCAAGACAAGAGUGGAUACCCUGGUAUGGGUGAGACCAACCCACUUCAUAACAACGUCUAUGGCCCCCCUCAGCCGGGUUUCGGCAUGCCCCCUCCCAACUACAGCCAGGCGCCAGGGGGACCAUACCCACCAGCAGCUGGCUACGGGCAACCAGGCUUCCCUCAGGCAGCCCCAGGUUUCGCCCCUGGUCCUUACCCUCAGAUGCCUUACCCUCAGAUGCCCUAUCCACAGGGGCCCUAUGCUCAGGGGCCAUAUCAGCAAGGAACCCCACAGCCAGGCUUUCCCGGAGACCCCAUUGCACCUGCAGGCAGCCCUGGUUAUCAUGGUGACGUGCCUCCAUCUUACUACGACAAUGAGGAGUUCACCAACUCUGGCUUUGAAGAUAAGACCAUCCGACAAGCCUUCAUCAGAAAAGUCUUCAUGGUUCUCACGGUGCAGCUGCUGGUCACUUUUUCCUUCGUUGCCGUCUUCACCUUUGUCGAUGAUGCCAAGUACUUUGUGCGACGCAAUCCAUGGACAUACUACGUGUCCUACGCAGUCUUCUUUGUGUCACUAAUCGUCCUCAGUUGCUGUGGAGACUUCCGCCGCAAGCACCCCUGGAAUUUGAUUGCACUGUCCAUCCUGACCCUGAGCCUCUCCUACAUGGUGGGUAUGAUCGCCAGCUUCUACGACACAGAGACCGUCAUCAUGGCCGUGGGCAUCACUGCAGUGGUCUGCUUCACUGUCGUCCUCUUCUCGCUACAGAGCAAAUAUGACUUCACCUCCUGUCGGGGCGUGCUGUUCGUCUGCCUGAUCGUGCUGUUGCUCUUCUCCAUCCUCUGCAUCUUCAUCCGCCACAGGAUCCUGCACAUCGUCUAUGCCUCACUGGGGGCCCUGCUCUUCACCUGCUUUUUGGCUGUGGACACUCAGCUUCUCCUGGGCAACAAGAAGCUGGCCCUGAGUCCAGAGGAGUACAUUUUUGCCGCCCUCAACCUGUACACUGACAUCAUCAAUAUCUUCCUCUACAUCCUGGCUAUUGUGGGCCGCUCCCGCGAAUGAGCACUUUAAAGGAAACAGCUGGUAGCCAGAGAAUGCCUCCCAUUAUCGUGAAAUGUCUCUAACAUGCCCUUUGAUCUCUGACUCCUUUUACUUUUUCCCCCAUUUUACUCUUUAUUUCCUCUCCAAUCAUACACACAGUUCUUUUUUUAAACAGGUGGUAUGACUGCGGAGGAGAUGCAGCUGGUUGUAAAAUGCAGCUGAGAGGGACACUUAAAUACAAAUACUAAUACUCAAAUACAAAUCUUGCCAUUAAUGACAGAAUGCAAUGAUCUGUCUUUUCCUCAUUUUGACUGUUCUGCUUGCUCUAACUGUCCUCUGCUUCUACUAACACAGAUGGCUACAUUAUAUCUACAUUACCCAUCUCCCAACUUCCAGUUUGGCAUGGCACAUACAGUAUAAAACCUGUUAUCCUGUGAGUGCUUGGCACUCGGCCUUGCCUUGCUGCAGAGAUUAAAUGGGAAAAGAGCGGGGAAGAUAUCUGUGGCGCUUAAUAUUGAUGCAAACCAGCUUUGCCUGAAGAGAAGAAGUUAGUGCUAGAAAUAUCCCCUCCUUCAACCUGUCUGUUUUCCCAAACUUAUCUCUCCCUUUUCAAACUGCUGGUGUAAAGUAACUCUGCAUGGCAGCAUUGGAAACACAACUAAAUAUGUGUUACAAUUCUCUACAACUACCAGAGGAAUACCUCUAGCUUGCUUGUCACUGCUGUAAAUAGUUAAGUGUAUUAAUGUAUAUGAUGCUAAUCUCCCCCUGCCACUGACAGGGAUUCUGGGAUGAUUCAUAUGGAUGUGUGGCUUUGUGGGAAAAAUGUGCUCUGAUAUCAGAACUUUGCUGACCCAGUUAAUUAACUCAAAUACUUCAGUGGCAUAAGAAUGAAGAUCAGCGUUGGAUGUGUAUAACAAAUAUGAACAUAAAUUAAUAUUUAUAAACUAUAUAUUCUUAUGUAAUAUCUUUUCAAAAGGAAGAACAUUUUAGUUCUGAAAUCACUUGUAGGAUUCCAAAGCAGAGAUGUUCCCUUACCUUCUUUGAAUUUUUUUUUCUUUACAGUCUUCAUUAAUCUCCUCUUGUGUGGUCAUCAACGUGAAGUGACAUUUUAUUGCUGUAUUUAUUUUUUCUUGUUGCAAACAAUGUGAAAUAAUGAAGUAUUGGGAUUUCUGACAACUUUUUAAUCAAGCUAAUCCAGGUUUCAGAACUUCUGAAUUCUAAAACCGCUAAUGAAGUAGAUGGACACCAAACUUGAAGGAAGUGGUACUCAUGACUUUUCUAUUUAUUAAGCUUGAUGUAGAUAGCAGGGUUGCAAAGAUGUGAUUGGGUAUCCAUAACAUGCUGGAUGCAUAAAAUACAAAGUGAAACAGGCAGUAAGAUUCAAUAUGCACUGGAAGCCAAAAUACUUCUACACUCAAACACACAGAACUUGAAUGAUAUAUUUAACGUGAACAUUUUUUAUUCUGUAACUUCUGUUUUGAUUUUUCACCUUUUGCAUGACUCUUUCUCCCAUUUGCAUGUGCUGAUAAUGCACACUGUACAGCUACUCCUGUUUUGAAGAGACACAGUGUUGUUUGGCAGCCCUGUUAGACUUUUUUUUAAAACUCUUGUGUUUGUAUCUAACGUGUACGUGUAUAUAGAACUCCUUAGUGGUUUGACAUGUAUAGAUAAAGUAAGUUUUGGGCUUUGUAGGUCUAUUUGCAUUGUAUAUUUGCAUUAAAGUGGAACCACAUUCCUCUACACAGCUGUUGGCUUUUCAUUAAAACUGAUACAAUGGAAAGAUUAA